CAGAAAGAAUGUUUUUUUUUUAUACACACACACUGUAUGGCAACAUCAAUGUUGUUUGUAAGUGGCAUAAUGCUAGGCCGCCAACACGCACUCUCAGUCUCAGUCUCCGUCGCUGGGAAAGAACAUCGCAGGAAGUCCGUCCGCAUUUUCAGCCCGUCUUCGCAAGGAGCCAUGGCCGACGUGGAGCUGACCCCCCUCCCGAGCAGGAACAACCUCCCGCCGUCCCCCGUAGCCCCUCGUGACGAAGCCACGCGGAACGAUGACGAUGACGACGACGAGCGCGAGUCCUGGUCGUCGCCCUUCGACCAUUUGGGGACGCUGCUGGGCUUCGUCGGGGGAAUCGGACAAGUCCUUCGAUUUCAGAAUUAUUAUUUCGCUUAUGGAGGAGGAGCUUUCCUAUUCGCCUAUCUUGUCCUGCUGGUUCUCUUCGGGAUUCCUCUCCUGCUGCUGGAGUCCUUCAUAGGGCAGUUCAGCUCCUCCAACAGCUUAGGGGCAUACUCUUCCUACCCUGCGUUCAAAGGUAAAAGCCCAUAGGUACCCUUCGCUUAU